AUGAGUACCCUUUUUCAACCCGCUCUGAGAAAUCCUUUCGGCUCUCCUAUCGAACCCUCACAGAGACCUCGAUCAAUGGCCAUCCUGCCUCAAAGCGCCACUAAUAAUCACCCCUCGCCGAAGUCGAUUCAGGAGGACUCGAUCAUGACCUCUCCGGCUCCUCCGAACAUGGGACCCCCAGGGCCGGGAGCAGGUGGAAGUCCCGAGGUGGACCAAGGACAGGGCAACAAUAUCUCAAAUGGCGCCCGGGAGCAGGUCUCUCUUGGUACCAACAGCAGCACCGCCGCAGGGGCUGUCGGAGCCUCUCAGGGGCCCAAGGUGGUGCAGACAGCUUUUAUUCACAAGCUAUACAGUAUGUUGGAGGACAAGACCAUUCAACAUCUCAUCUCCUGGUCCAAUACCAAUGAGAGUUUUGUCAUGUCCCCUUCGAACGAAUUCUCGAAAGUUUUGGCCCAAUACUUUAAACACACAAACAUCUCCUCCUUUGUUCGACAACUGAACAUGUACGGGUUUCACAAGGUCAGCGAUGUCUUCCAUACCGGAUCUCCCGAAUCGGCUCUGUGGGAGUUCAAGCACGGGAACGGCAACUUUAAAAAGGGCGAUCUGAUGGGCCUGCGAGAGAUCAAAAGACGCGCUUCCCGACAUACUUUGAUACACCGCGACUCGUUCUCGAAUGCGAAACCCGGUGUCUCUCAACCAGGCACGCCUGCUGAUGUUAUGCCUGACACAGACCAGCGUCUGGCAAGCCUCGAACAAGCCUUCUACGAUGUCCAAUCAAGACUACAGCGGACCGAAGAAAGUUACGCACUGGCGAACUCGAGGUGUCAAGCAUUGACCGAGGGACUGGUCCGAUGCCAUCAAUGGCUCCAUAAUCUUACGGGCGCUGUCCAGACAAUGUCCUCCCCCGAAUCAGGAUUAUACGCGGAUAUCGGCAGUAUCCAAAAAGAAAUUGCGCGACAGCUUGAAUAUGUACGUGCUUUGGAGGUGCCCCAGGAGUCGUUGCAAAACGGCAGACAGUCGUUCUACCCGGGCGGUUCCACCCUGGAACCGCCUCUCUCCCCUCGGGGACUCAAUUAUCCAGACAGCCGAAGAUCCUCCGUCCAGAUCGAGUCCCAGCAUGUAGGAUUACGUCCUCCCGUCCCGCCGAUACCACCUCAGUUUUCUUCUUCAUCGCCACGUCGCUUUGGGUCCAUCAGCAUUCCCCAUGUCUCUCCCGGGUUCAGUCGUCCUGCCCUCCCGCCACAGCCGCCAGCCAGCGUACAUCCUUUGGCCUCGGUAGUGACACCACCGAUGAACUUGGUGAGGAGACACACGUCAGCUGAUAUUCGAGAGCACGGUUGGCCGCCUCCUAACGGGAACGGCGGGAACGGAUCGCCCUAUGCUUCUGGACAAUCGUCGGUGCAAUGGCAGCCGUCUUCACCGCAGCAGCCACCUCUGGCUGCCGGCGACCAACAAAUUCGUGAUCAAUUGGCUCAAUAUGAGAUUAAUGGUCCUAGGAGGAAUGCUGCGGUGAACCAGCCGAGCCAGUCCACACCACCACUUAACUCGAACUCCGAGGCACCACCCGCAGGUCUCGGAGUCGAGAACGUACCUUGGCCAUUGGGAGGCAGCAAAUUCCCACGGCCGAACUUUGAGCUUCAUUCGGCCCCCGCCACGCGGAGAGGUAGUAUGGCGACUUUGCAUUCGUUGCUGAACCCCGCUGAGACAGCGGAGCAAGAAAAUGAGGAUGAAGGACCUGGUCACGGCCGAGAUGACGACCGGAAACGGAAACGACUGACAUGA